AGCCCCGAUCCCAAGAUGGCAGCGCCCAGCAAGAGGACUGGCGUUGGCGGCGGCGGCGCGGGCUGUUGGGUCGCGCUGUUCCUGGCGGCCGUGGCGCUGAGGCCGGCGGGCGCUGUGUCCGAGCCCACGACGGUGGCGUUCGACGUGCGGCCCGGCGGCGUCGAGCACUCCUUCUCCCAGAACGUGGGCCCGGGGGACAAAUUCACGUGCACGUUCACCUACGCAUCAGGCGGCACCAACGAGCAAUGGCAGAUGAGCCUGGGGACCAGCGAAGACCACCAACACUUCACCUGCACCAUCUGGAGGCCACAGGGGAAAUCAUACUUGUACUUCACCCAAUUCAAGGCUGAGGUGCGAGGUGCCGAGAUUGAGUACGCCAUGGCCUACUCCAAGGCUGCAUUUGAGCGAGAAAGCGAUGUUCCCCUGAAAAGCGAGGAAUUCCAAGUGACCAAGACAGCAGUGGCUCACAGACCUGGGGCCUUCAAGGCCGAGUUGUCCAAACUGGUGAUCGUCGCCAAGGAGGCCCACGGCGAGCUGUGACUGGCCCCCAGUCAAGGUGGCAUUGCGUCUCCACUGCUGAAGAAGCCCAGGCCUCCCUCGGAGCGCUGGCACCCAACCGCUUCUCUAGGAGCCUCGGUUCUCCAGACAGCCGAUUUGCCAAGUGUGCAGAGCCCUGCCACUGCCAUGCCUUCUGAACUCCCGCCUUUUUCUUACCUGCAGCGAUGAUGGGGCACCUGGAGGGCGGGGACCAAGGGGCCUCUCACUUUUCUCAAGCCAGCGUCUCCCUGGGACCCAGCCAGGUCUGGACAGCUGCCGUUCUCCCUCAAGCCCGGCCAGUGCUCCUGGCCCCCAGGACCAGUUUCUUACCAUUUACCCAGAGACCUUCUUUCUGAUGAACUGGGAAGAGAGGGAAUGUUCUUUCAUAUUUAAAUAAAUAAAAAACAACUGGAGAC